AUGCUGUCCCCGGAGGCUUUGGUGGCCGCAGCUGCCGUGCUCAUGGGGCUGGGUCUCCUAGCUUGGUGCCUUUGGGCAGGGAGGCUGGAGGUGCCUGGAGACGUGGGAGAGGAGGACGAGGAGGAGGAGGAGGAAGAGGAGGGGAUCCCCUUCAUGGCCGAGGAGGGCUCGGGGCACUGCCGGCUGCUGUGCAAGCCCUCGGCUCUGGCCCAGCACCUGGUGCGGAGCUUGGGGCGGUCAGCGGCGCUGCGGGGGGGACGCUGGCCUUGGCCGUGCUGGCCCCAGCUCCAGAUGCUGUGGCAGCUCCUGCAGCCACCUGAGCCGGAGCCGCUGGUGGCCCGUGAGCUCCUGCAGCUGUCUGACGCUGGGCUGGUGGCCCUGGACUGGUUGGUGGGGCCGUGGGGGGCUGCGGGUGGCGGCGGGGGGGUCUCCAGCCCAGUGCUGCUGCUCAUUCCCAACGCUGCCGGGAAGGUGACGGGGGGGCUGCUGCAGCUGGGGCUGCGGGCGCUGGAGCGGGGCUUCAUCCCCGUCAUCUUCAACCGCCGGGGCCACAACGGCUGCCCCCUCACCACCCCCCGGCUCCAGCCCUUCGGGGACCCCGGGGACCUGCGGGAGGCUGUGACCUACCUGCGGUGUCGGCACCCCUCUGCCUCUCUGCUGGCCGUCAGCGAGGGCUCGGGCUCGGGGCUGCUGCUCGCCUACCUGGGCGAGAGCGGCUCCUCCAGCCGCCUGGCCGCCGCCGCCUGCCUCUCCCCCAUCUUCCGUGGCCGGGACUGGUUUGAGGCCAGGAUGCCCUGGCUUUACGAGUGGCCGCUGCUCCUCCACCUCAAGCAGGGAUUGAGCAGGUACACGGGGGCUCUGGCCGAGGUGGUGGACAUGGACAGGCUCCUGGGCAGCCGCUCGCUGCGGGAGCUGGAGGAAACCCUCUUCUGCCGGACUCGGAGCCGCCCCACCAGCUGGGAGAGCUACUGGGAGCGGAACGAGCCCCUGCGCGACGCGGACGAGGCGGCGGUGCCGGUGCUGUGCCUCUGCAGCGCCGAUGACCCCGUGCGCGGCCCCCCGGCCCGGAGCCUGCCCAGGGAGCUCUUCCGCAGCAGCCCCUACUUCUUCCUGCUGCUGACCCCGCACGGGGGGCACUGCGGCUUCCCCCGGCGGGGGCCGGGGCGCUGCUGGGCCCACGAGGCCGUGCUGGAAUAUUUCAGGGCCAUGGCAGAGUUCCUGCGGACGGAGGAGAGGAGGAAGGGGCUGCCGCGGCCCCGCAGGUGGGGGGGUCCCCCAGCUGAGCCCCCCGUGUUCACCUGGCAGAGGUCCUACACACGGUAGCCCCCCUGGGGCAGGGUCUCACAAAGGCAGGCAGACACUCCGUGUACUAAAAUUACUUUAUUACAGUUGAUUUUUUUUUUUUUAACAUUUCCUUUGCUAUGAUACAAAGGAUACUUACAAACAAAAUAUUACAUAUGACCUUAUUUUUUUUUUCUCUUCUCUUAUUUUCUGACAACUUGGUAACAGCUUUAAAUGCACAAUCUAUACAAUUAAUACAGGUUAUAUAUGAGCUAUAAUGUAUGUUGAACCAGAAGAAUACCAGAAUACUGACAAUAUACUGUACAUUAAGCCUUACCAGUUAGUGCUCGUGGCAUUUUCUACAAGAAGGAAAACGCACACCUGUAGAUUCACUCAUACCAGCUGGUGCUACCAGACACGGAAGCAAGAAGGAGUUUAAUUCCCCUGGUUAAAUCCUUCAUGGCCCAUCACCGUGGUGCUGAGCCUGGAAACCUCAGACCAGUGUUCAUAGUAAAACAGCAGAUAUGUGUGUGUUUUUUUCUAUCUAAUGCUCUGUGGCACAGCACGGCGCCGGCCGGGCUUGGCCAUACCUGGACGAUGCCCCAGAGCAAACAGCCAUGGCGCUGGGUGAGCUCUUGCUGGGGAGCUGGACCUCCUUGGGGAAAGGGAGAGGAGGAAGAGGAGGAGGAGAGGAAAAGCAGCAACAGCUUUGCUGUCAUCAGCAGGCAGCUCUUGGGUUUGUGCACGUGAAGAGGCGGGAAGAGCAAGCCCAAGGCAUGGCGCUCCCGGCACGGCUCCGAGCCCGGCCGCACACGGAGCUCGUGCCCCACAAACCCUGCACGGGGUCGGGCAGCAGCUGCCCUGUGGUCACCUCCUCACCAGGAAAGGUUUGCUUUUGUUUUGCAGCCAAAACCAGAGGUGUGUGGCUACAGGUGUGCACUUCCCCUCCUCCCGCCGGGGGUCUACAUCGCACUGAUAAGGUUACAUUUUUGUUUUUUAUUUAAAUUUUUUUUUCCUUUUUAAAGCAACCAGCAAGUGAAGCAUUUUUUUAGUUGACUGGCAAAAAGACCUGGCAUUUGCACAAAAGCUGCAAAUGGAAAAGAGCCAUCCCCUCCUCCCACCCGCUGCAUCCCAGCCCAGAAAAAUCCCAAACUGUUGGCGGAAGAAAGAAAAAAAAAAACCACAACAGGGGUGGAGGAGAGGAAGGGGAGGGAGAACAGGUUGGAAAAUACCAGGUUUGAGUUAACAUUUCCUUGACUUCACACAGUUCUUGUGCAAAAAGAAACAACCCCCCCACCCCAAACCAACAAAAAACCCAAACCCAGAAACAUGCUGGAAAUAAUGAAAACAAAUGGAAAGUAAUAUAUAAAAUUAAAAAUAUAAAUAGGAUGUCUGGCUGACUGGUAGAAGAAUAGGUCAUUUAGGUUACAAAAAGGAAUAUACAUUCAAGAGGCUCUGAACCCAGUGGGGUAACUGAUGUUAAACUUGUGUUAAUAGUUAGGCUAGAAUUCUCAAGUUUGUCUUUAAAAUCUUCACAACACAAGCAAGCUAUUUUUAAAAAAUAUACACUAUACACACCUCACACAGCUUCUCCUAUCCGUAUUACACACGUUACGCUACCCUCCCAUCCACUACACCGAGGGGGGGGGUCCCAUGGCCGAGGGGCCCGGGGUGUCCCCCCAUCCCAUCCCGACCCCGCGGUGGCGGUGGGGCAGCGAUGGCUGCGGGGCCGGGCAGGUCGCUUGGCCCCUCCACGUCAUACCACAACCUUCUCAAAGCAUUUACAAGUCACCAAAGGGCUGUAGCCUUUUAUGUUAUACACACUUCACUUUGCAACGUUAAUUAUUUACAUCAGGGCUGCCCCCCCCCCCCUCCCCCCAUCUUUUAGCUGUUUCUAGGCAGGUAAAAAAAAUGUUCCUGUUCCAAGCAAGCAGGGGGAAGAGCUGCGGGGGGUUAGGAGGGAAGAAAAGCUGAAGAAAGGAAGCGGGUGGUUUGCUUGCUAAAAGCCAAACCCGUACGCGCACGUCUGCCUCUCCUUCUCUGAUCCUUGAAUCCUUACAAGCUCCCAUUCCCUACAACCUCCAGGACAACCAGACCCGGAGAGCACGGCCUCACUGGUGCUCAGACUCCUCUGCUCGCAGCUUCCCGGGAUGCUCAGCACAGCUACUGACUCACAGGCUUGCCUCUGCCACAGGACAUGGAGCACAGAUCCUGACCAUUCCUAGGAGCCCACCCCUCACUCAGCAGCAGGUCUUGCAGGGCAAGCCAGCUGCAGUGGGGCAGGGACACCGGGACCCCCACAAGCCACCGCACUGCACCCCCAAACUCGCCUUUGGCAGCUGCCACCAGCCACAGUCAGGCUCUGCCAGAGCCAUGCAGAGGCAGCGGCCGCCGACUUCAGCUUGUCAACAACCCUGCACUGAUUUCUGCACUCUGCUGAGCUCAGAGUUGCCAUAGAAAUGUGUGAUCCUGGCACUAAAAGCAGGCAACGACCUCAAAUCAAAGUCUUUUUUUGUUUUGUUGUUGUUGGUUUUUUUUUUUUUUUUCCUCCAGUAGAUUUAGAUGAACUCAGGCUUAAGACAAAAACAGUUGGAAGGGGAAAAACAGAUCAUUUCUAGAGAGAUUGAAAAACAUAGUCACAAGCCGGUAUUAAACUGCAGCAAAGAACCUGAACUUGGUUCCCAUUGAGUUCAGCUCCAGAGCAAGCUCAAAGCCACCACUCUGUCCCUCGCACUGCCCUCCGUGCGGUACAGGACGCCCAAGGGAAGGAGAUUCCACACAGCCAUCAGGGAAAACCCAGACGGAGGCUGGAAGCCAAAAGCCCCAGGCCAGUGGCUGUUUGCCUCCCCAGCUCGCAAUAUUUAAGCACAAAUUCCUUACAGCAUCACUGGACAAGUCUCAGGGAUUAGGUGCAUGCUGAACUACGACUGGCAAUUACAGUAGCUUUUUGCUAGCUGGCACAUACUGUAUCUAUAAAUUUUAGUACAAAAACUUAAAAAAUACAGAAACUAGGUCAAUUUGUUAACUACAUAUUUACAGAUAAUUACAAUUCUUUUCACUGACAAUAACUAAACUAAUUGUCAGUGAAAAUUCAAACUGUGCAUGUUCUGAGGUACCCGUACUCAAGGGUGGGGAGCGGGGCAGGGGGCCAGAGGGGCGAGGUGGGGAAAGUUUUCCCCCCAGGGUUUGUUCACAUCCGUGGGGGCAAGGCUCAGCCCUCCUGGUUCCUGGUCUCACUGUGUGCACUCAGAGAAAGCAAGGAGAGCGGGAGCUGAUACUGUGGUCUUAUUUUCCCUAGGACAUGGCUUAAGGAUGUUUUGAGGAUGCCAGGCAGGUGCAGAGCCAAUGGUCAUGAACCAAACUGCCUUCUCCCCGCCAGGGAGCCUUCAGGUGAAGUGCAAGUAUUGAGACCCACAGCUCAGUGGUUAAGGUGCUUGUUUGCUGGCAAAUCUGAUUUACUAAGUCCCUCUCUAACUGACAAAGGGCUCUCCUUCCCCCAGAGAAGGGGGCAGGGGUGCAGCAGGCAGCAUCACAGCCCCAGCUGGCUGAACUACAUUGUGCAACAGGAACCUGGGUUAUCUGCUGCCACUGCUCCCUGGUGGGGUGAUGUUUACUAAAACCACUAGAUCUAUCAGGUUUUCUUAUUUUCUGGCUGUAAACAGCAAGCCCCAACCCUCCAAAGCGCCUGACAUAUAUUCAUCAAAAGACUUCGGCUCAAUCGAUUUGUAAAAGUGCAAACUCAAACAACCACAGCAGAGAGACAGUGACCAGCAUCCCUGCCUGGGUAUCCACUGCUCCUCUGUCCUUGGCACGUGGUUCUGGGCUCACUGCAGGCCAGCACUGGGGUGGGAACAUCCUACAGGCAGGAGCACAGGUAAAGACAACACUACUCCUUGGGAAAGGGUAAGAAUUACCCAGUCAAACUUGAGUCUCACCUAAAAGACUUGCAAGAGACCUUCCAGAAGGGACAGGGGGAAUAUUGCCUCCGAAUUCUCCAGCAGCACAAAGAGAGCCCAGGGCUGGCAUUCUGCUGAGCUGGUGGGGUGUCCUUGGGGGAAAUGCAUGACCUGACACUUGCGAGAACCGCUUAUCCCCUGAACUGUCAAAUGCCUCCCUAAGAUGGGGUCUGUAGAGGACAAAGGAGAAGGUCAGAAGGGUCUUCACAGCUUGAGGAGCUGGUGGUGUCCAGCAUGGCACUCACCCCUCUACUAUGAGAAAGACCAGGGCAAGAUUUACUAGAACUGCAGAGCAAGCACCCAGGAGAGGAACGAGGCUGUCUGCUGCUGGCUGGACUUGGGUGACGAAGCACACAGGCCUAAGCAGAAUAAAGAACGGACCACGAGCAUCCGUGUGUGUGUAUGGAUGUACAGACUGUAAGCCUGUAAGUACACACACGUGUACUUAAAAUCUUCCAAUUUAGCUUCUCUUUUGCUCCCUCCACACAACCUAAGAACCUCCAGACACACGCCAAGGCGGUCGGUGUUCAGAGCUAGCGGCGGCUCCACCUCAGGAAUGCCAAAAGCCAGUGCCGGUGCAGUGAGCCAAGACCGUGCCGGGCUUGUGAACUUUCGUGGUGAGACGCAGCUGGGGACUCUGAGCUCAGCCUGCUGAGCACUUCACCGGCCCACUCGCCGCCUCCCCAGCAGAUCCCUACAUUGCCUCCACUGCUUGCCUAUCGCUAAACCAUCUUGUUUGCUUCUCUGCUGCCUUGUGACUUUCUGGUACCCUCAGGAAGCUCCCUUCUCUCCUUCAAAGCACACCCGCAGCAGCUACCUACCCUCUCAUGCCCCAGAAAAAGCAAGCUGCAAUUACCAGGGCUGAACUUCAGCGAGGGUUCAGCCCUAGCACAGCCUGUGUCCUCGCCCCGAGAGCCCUGCUGAGGGGUUGGUUUUGCUCACAAACAGGAGCGCUAAAGAACAGCAGAACUGAAGUGCCCUGACAGAAAUGCACAGCAUGAGGUGUGUGUGCACCUAUACCCACACACACGUACGUACAGAGUAUAUAAAUAUAUACAAAUGAGAUACCAUAUAUAUAUCCAGAGAGAUGUGCGUAUUCAACAGAGUAAUGGUAGACAGUGGUACGAUAGGAUUUAUUGCCUCUCAAGAAAUGGCACGUAAGCGGGGUUGAGGGGCUGGGAGCCUGGAGGCGAGGGGUCCUGGGGCUUUAAACAACAGCACAGCCCCAGGACUGCCCUGGCUGCACCCCCGUGCAGGUCACAGCGAGUGUGCAGUGCCCGUUCUUCUGGCGCAGGAGGGCUGGGUGGGACACAGAGCGAUGCCAGCCUGGCCCCAAGCCAGGAAAUCAUGGCUGCAGGGAAUUUUUCUGUGGAAAGUUUGGUAACACACCACGUAUUUAGUUGUUCAACCUCUUUGAAGUUCACAGGCUUGGAGGGAAUGCAGGUGAAACAGAGCUGUAGCCUCCAUUUCAGUGCUGCAUCCAAGGAAGAAAGCAUGUAAUGUUCAACAUGGAAGGGAGAGGUGGCUGCUGGCUCCCUGGGACCAUGGAAAACAAAGAAAAUGUGGUCCCUUUCACUGAUUUUAAAUAAAAUCAAAGGAAAUUUGAAUCAGAAAGAGGUAAAAAUGCUGGCUACUCUGGUUUUUUUUUCCAUCUCUGGGCUAAGCUACACCAGAACUUCAGGUCUUUGCAGAGGGGAGAGAAAAAUAA